UCGAUCAACCGAUAACCCAAGCAGCAGCAUCACCAUCAUCCAUCUCACCAAGCAGCAAACAGUCAAACCUCAACAAGCCAACAACAACCCACGAUGUCCUUCCUCAACCGAGUCGGCAUAGGCUCAAACAAACUGACCACCAACACCAACAGCAGUGCCAACAACAGCAACAGUGGAAACAGCAACGGCAAGCCGAGCUCAUCAGCCCCCUCCAGCGCCACCUCCCCACAACAGUCCACCAACAAAUCACCCACCUCGCCCGUCGUCGCCACCAAUUCUGCCGACCCUGCUCAUCAGAGUCUGCCCAGUACGCUCAGUAACCUCUCGCUCAGUAAUCAUCCUCGCGCUAUCACUCCCUGUGCACCCUCCGGAAAGGCCCUCUACCUCUGCAACCCUUUCGUCAAGGCAGCUCUCGUCAAGGGAAGCUUUCGAACGAUCGUCUCCUUACCCAGAUAUUGUGACGUCAACGAGUGGGUGGCAGUCAACUUGGUGGAUUUCUUUAAUUCGUUAAACUUGAUCCUCUCUCUCACUACUGAAUGUUGCAAUGCCAACGUCUGUCCAACGAUGUCUUCCGGUCCAGGGAUGGAUUACACUUGGACUAGUAUGACGGGAGGGACGAAAAAACAAGUAAAAGUACCUGCCCCACAAUACAUCGAUUACGUGAUGACCUGGGCUGAGAAACUACUAGCCGACGAAGCCACUUUCCCGACCAAAGCCGGCCGCGAAUUUAACCCAAACACCUUCCCCUCAUCGGCUCGUCAUCUCUACACCCAAUUCUUGCGCAUCUUCGCUCAUCUCUAUCAUGCCCAUUUCGACCAUUUCGUCCAUUUAUCUUCCGAAGGUCAUGUGAAUUCAUUAUUUGCUCAUUUCUUACAAUUCGGUGUCGAGUUCGACUUAAUAGAUCCCAAAGAAUUGCGAGCUCCCAAAGAAGGAUCCCCAUUUGUUGUCGGCGACUUAUUGGACGCCUGGAAAAACAUGGGUAUCUUGACUUGUUAACCAUCUCCUCUUCAAACAUAACACCUCACUCAACAAAAUUGAAAACACACAUAGACAGACAGACAGGCCAACUAGAUUCAUGAUUGUCCUCCUUGUUUUCUUUUAUAUCCUUCUUCAAUAUGCUUUUCAAUCAAGGCUUGUUUUAGCCUGUUUGUCUGGUUACACAUGCACAACAUGCAUAUUUUUUUUCUUUUCUUUUGCUUUGUACUUGUAUUUAGUCUUACUUUUUCCUCCCCCCCCUUUGUUUUGUUGUCCCUGUUUUUUUUUGUCUCUUGUGAACAAACCAUGAUCAUUUGAGAUGAACUGUGUAAAUAAAUAUGAUUCAACAGAGCUUGAUCAUGAAUUGGCUUGCACUUUUGUUUUGUGGUAAGUCUGAGUAUUUCAUGGGGCUUGUAGGAUCUCUUCAAG